UUUAAAUUAUUUAUUUCCCUUAUGAAAUUUAGUAAACAAGAAAACUUGACUUAUUAGUUAUUAGUUAUUACAUAWUUGUUUGAUUAUGAUUAUUAUAUUAUAUUUAGUAUAAUUAAUGAACUUUCUAGAGCAAUGAAUUCUUCUAAAGUGUUGAGAUUUAGGGCACAGUUAACAAAACUGCAUAAAAUCAAUAGUGUUCCUGUUGGUCGUAGAUUUUCUACGGGUUCUCAAAAAUUACAACAAUACUCAAAGGUUGUUGGGAUCGCAGGAGCAGGAAUUUUAAGUUUCAUAGCAUAUGGUUUUACAUCUGACUUCAAAGUGUAUGCCUAUUCAAAGAAAGAUAGAGAAAAUGAUGAAUAUCUAAGCGGUCUGCACUUGACAUCACGUGAGAAACGUUUUAUCAAGUUCGCUUCAGUUGAAUAUCAUGGACAACUUUAUAUGACUCCGCAAGACUUUUUGGAAUCAUUCGUUGACGAGCAACCUAGAGCUCGGCUUCAGAGGCACUUGAUGGUAGAUAAGGACUUGGAUGAAAUUCGAAAUAAAGUGCCUGAGCUAAAAAAUGGAUCUUCACAACUUUUUCGAACACUCAGAGACAAAGGAAUAAUUUCGUAUACAGAAUAUUUGUUUUUAUUAUCCGUGUUAACCAAACCACAGAGUGGAUUUCGUAUAGCAUUUAAUAUGUUUGAUACGGAUGGUAACCAUAGGGUUGACAAAAACGAAUUUCUGGUGAUAACACGGCUCCUAGCUGGAAAACCAGCCUUCAGAAUAGAUCUUAAUAAACAUGCUAAAGAAAUUUUAUCCCAAUUAUCUACGAAACAAGCCGCUGUCGUUCAACGGGUGCCGGAUGAAGAUUCAAACAUCAUUAACCGCGCUGCUGAUGAUUUGAUGGAAAAAAUCUUCAGCCAGUCUUGGAAGGACAAACACGGCGUGGAAGAUGGCAAGUCCGACACAAACAAAAUAGACGCUGACGAUUUUGUGGACGACGCUCAGGGACUACAAAAAAAGCAUUUGGUUGACACUACGUUGAUCGUCCAUUUUUUCGGCAAAAAGGGAGACAACGUAUUACUGUACGAAGACUUCAGAAAGUAA